AUGGGUCUACAUGGAGUAGACCAUGGUCAAACAGUGGAAGGUCUCAGAGAUGGAGUAGACCAUGGUCAAACAGUGGAAGGUCUCAGAGAUGGAGUAGACCAUGGUCAAACAGUGGAAGGACACAGAGAUGGAGUAGACCAUGGUCAAACAGUGGAAGGUCUCAGAGAUGGAGUAGACCAUGGUCAAACAGUGGAGUGGCUCAGAGAUGGAGUAGACCAUGGUCAAACAGUGGAAGGACUCAGAGAUGGAGUAGACCAUGGUCAAACAGUGGAGUGGCUCAGAGAUGGAGUAGACCAUGGUCAAACAGUGGAAGGACUCAGAGAUGGAGUAGACCAUGGUCAAACAGUGGAAGGGCUCAGAGAUGGAGUAGACCAUGGUCAAACAGUGGAAGGUCUCAGAGAUGGAGUAGACCAUGGUCAAACAGUGGAAGGACUCAGAGAUGGAGUAGACCAUGGUCAAACAGUGGAGUGGCUCAGAGAUGGAGUAGACCAUGGUCAAACAGUGGAAUGGCUCAGAGAUGGAGUAGACCAUGGUCAAACAGUGGAGUGGCUCAGAGAUGGAGUAGACCAUGGUCAAACAGUGGAAUGGCUCAGAGAUGGAGUAGACCAUGGUCAAACAGUGGAGUGGCUCAGAGAUGGAGUAGACCAUGGUCAAACAGUGGAGUGGCUCAGAGAUGGAGUAGACCAUGGUCAAACAGUGGAAGGACUCAGAGAUGGAGUAGACCAUGGUCAAACAGUGGAGUGGCUCAGAGAUGGAGUAGACCAUGGUCAAACAGUGGAAUGGCUCAGAGAUGGAGUAGACCAUGGUCAAACAGUGGAAGGUCUCAGAGAUGGAGUAGACCAUGGUCAAACAGUGGAAGGACUCAGAGAUGGAGUAGACCAUGGUCAAACAGUGGAGUGGCUCAGAGAUGGAGUAGACCAUGGUCAAACAGUGGAAUGGCUCAGAGAUGGAGUAGACCAUGGUCAAACAGUGGAAGGUCUCAGAGAUGGAGUAGACCAUGGUCAAACAGUGGAGUGGCUCAGAGAUGGAGUAGACCAUGGUCAAACAGUGGAAGGACUCAGAGAGGAACAAUACCUUCCUGUGGAACACUUCUGUCACCUUCAGGUUAGACUGGCCUGUAUUUUUCAUUUAGUCUGAAACACUAAAUGAUUUAGUCAUUUAGUCUGGUUCCACCUCAGUCUGAAGUUAGGACACUGGGUGGUUCUACACUGAGUGGACAAAACAUUAGGAACAUCUUCCUAAUAUUGAGUUGCACUCCCCCCCCUUUUACCCCCAGAACAGCCUCAAUUAGUCGGGGCAUGGCCUGUACAAGGUGUCGAAAGCGUUCCACAGGGCUGCUGGCCCAUGUUGACUCCAAUGCUUCCCACAGUUGUGUCAAGUCGGCUGUCCUUUGGUUGGUGGAACAUUCUUCAUACACACGGGAAACUAUUGAGCAUGAAAAAUCCAGCAGCGUUGCAGUUCUUGACACAAACCGGUGAGCCUGGCACCUACUACCCCUUUUUACUCAGUGUAUAACAGAGGUAACAGCAUUGGACAUUCCACUCAGGUAGAGACUCACUCACUGCAUAUUGGGCUAUUGUUGUAACUGUAAUUACUAUUACAUUAACACUACUGUAAUUCAGUAACUACUGUAAUUACUAUUACAUUAACACUACUGUAAUUCUGUAACUACUGUAAUUACCAUUACAUUAACACUACUGUAAUUACUAUUACAUGAACACUACUGUAAUUCUGUAACUACUGUAAUUACCAUUACAUUAACACUACUGUAAUUACUAUUACAUGAACACUACUGUAAUUCUGUAACUACUGUAAUUACCAUUACAUUAACAGUACUGUAAUUCUGUAACUACUGUAAUUACUAUUACAUUAACACUACUGUAAUUCUGUAACUACUGUAAUUACUAUUACAUGAACACUACUGUAAUUCAGUAACUACUGUAAUUACUGUUACAUUAACAGUACUGUAAUUAUGUAACUACUGCAAUUACCAUUACAUUAACACUACUGUAAUUACUAUUACAUGAACACUACUGUAAUUCUGUAACUACUGUAAUUACCAUUACAUUAACACUACUGUAAUUACUAUUACAUGAACACUACUGUAAUUCUGUAACUACUGUAAUUACCAUUACAUUAACACUACUGUAAUUACUAUUACAUGAACACUACUGUAAUUCUGUAACUACUGUAAUUACCAUUACAUGAACACUACUGUAAUUCUGUAACUACUGUAAUUACCAUUACAUUAACACUACUGUAAUUCAGUAACUACUGUAAUUACUAUUACAUUAACAGUACUGUAAUUCUGUAACUACUGUAAUUACUAUUACAUUAACACUACUGUAAUUCUGUAACUACUGUAAUUACCAUUACAUUAACAGUACUGUAAUUCUGUAACUACUGUAAUUACUAUUACAUGAACACUACUGUAAGUCUGUAACUACUGUAAUUACCAUUACAUGAACACUACUGUAAUUCUGUAACUACUGUAAUUACCAUUACAUUAACACUACUGUAAUUCAGUAACUACUGUAAUUACUGUUACAUUAACAGUACUUUAAUUCUGUAACUACUGCAAUUACCAUUACAUUAACACUACUGUAAUGAUUAUUACAUGAACACUACUGUACUUCUGUAACUACUGUAAUUACCAUUACAUUAACAGUACUGUAAUUCUGUAACUACUGUAAUUACUAUUACAUUAACACUACUGUAAUUCUGUAACUACUGUAAUUAUUAUUACAUUAACAGUACUGUAAUUCUGUAACUACUGUAAUUACUAUUACAUUAACACUACUGUAAAUACCAUUACAUUAACAGUUUUUGAGAUGAGACAUGUGCUCAUAGGGAAUAGGGUGCCAUUUGGGAUGAAGAUGAGGUUUGUCCUCAGAGCACCGCGGUUGAGUUGGGAUCAUUCUCCCGUUCUGUCAGAGCCAGAGACAUAUGAAUGACUUAACAUCCUUCACUCUGACUCUGAGACACACACACACACACACACACACACACACACACACACACACACACACACACACACACACACACACACACACACACUUCACUCUGACUGCCAGUCUAUGACCACGCGUUACACAUGUCAAACGCUCUCCUCUCUCCGCUUCUCUCAGAGCAAGGAGAAUGACAGGUGUCUUCGGCAGAGAUGUUUUCCCACACGACGUGUGUGUGCGUGCGACCUUGCCCCGUGUGCGUGAUGACGUGUGAGUGUUUGGAUGAAAGCCUCUACAUUCCUGCAGCCCCGGUCCUCCAUCUUCAUCCGUCUCCUGUCUGUCGUGUCGUUCUGCAGCAUCUACACAAGGCUGUAUAAAUGGGACUGUUACACUGCUGACACACACACACACACACACACACACACACACACACACACACACACACACACACACACACACACACACACACACACACACACACACACACACACACACAUCCAACCACAGCCAUUUACAGCAGCUAAAUCUAUUCCUAGCUUUACAGCUUCAGUACAGGUGAACACAAUGACAGAUUGAUGCCGUAGGUCAUAGGAGAUCAGUGACAUCGGGGAAGAAAUAACGUUCAUUCAGUGUUUUGUCUGGGAUUGAUUAUAAGCAUGUGAUGUCUGUAGAAUGGCUCCCCAAUCCUCUCCCUCUCGCCUCUCUGAAUGAUCCAAUGAGAGGGCAGGGGAAGCAGAGCAGUGUUGUGUUCAUCAUGAUGGAUCCUGGUACUCUUAAUUGUAUUGAUCCUGUAGUUACUGGGCUCGGGAAUGUGAGGUGGGCUUCUCAGGGUCCGAGAUGUUUGAUCUCACCAGGGAAACAUUACUAUCAACAUAUAUCUGUUAUUACCACACAACCAGUUUAAUGAA